GCCCUGGUCACCGAGAGACCAUCUGAAACUAAAAAGCGACAACUUGCAAAAUUUCCGUUUGGAGGGUGGCUGAAAGAGCUGACUUCACUUCCAGCAAUUGGUUGGAUCGUGUUUUCAGGACAUUAAUGCAACCUGAACCGCAGUAAUAAGUUGUUCACUUCAUCGAAACAUCAGCAGAAAUCAUGACGGCGGAGCAGCAUCAGCUGAAUUUGGACUACGGCGACUUUGACAUGAGGUUUGAUGUGAAAAAGGAGUCUGCAGCUUUGGGACCGGACCGCUCUUUUAUGCAGCAGUGCGGUGUACACGUACCAGGCUCUGUGUCCAGCACACCCAUGAGCACCCCGUGCAGCUCCGUGCCUUCAUCACCGAGCUUCAGCCCGAGUGGACAGAGGAGCGGUGCUGAAGAUCUCUACUGGACCCUGAGCACGGGGGCUUAUCCACAGCACGCAGAUCCACACUGCCUUGAACUGACACCUGAGGAUGUCCGGGAAGCCUUAGGCGCCAAUCUCAUGCAAGCACAGCCUCCUCAGCUCCACCAGGCAGAGAUGGAGGGAUACAGGAGCAUCGGUCAGUUCCACGCACCAAACAUGCAUCAGUAUCAUCAGCAGCAGUACACCGAACUUGGCCACAAUCCCGACUUUGCGCACGGCAAAAGCGUGGAUCAGUUAAUGGAGCAUCUCGACUGUUCGUCUCAAGGCGCGACGCACCUGAAGUCCCAUAAUUUCCAUCAGCAGACGCACCACAGGCGCAGCGAGCGCGCGGAGAGCCGCUUCUCCGACCAGCAGUUAGUGUCCAUGUCUGUGCGCGAGCUCAACCGACACCUCCGCGGCAUGAGCAAGGACGAUAUUAUCCGCCUCAAGCAGAAGCGCCGUACCUUGAAAAACCGCGGGUACGCUCAGUCGUGUCGGCACAAACGCGUUCAUCAAAAACACAUGCUGGAGAACGAGAAGACGAGCCUGGCGACGCAAGUGGAGCAGCUGAAGCACGAGCUCAACAGGCUGGUGCGCGAGAGGGACGCGUAUAAACUCAAAUGCGAGAGGCUAGUUGUCGGAAUGAACUGUCAGAGUAAAGGACCCUCUUGUGAAAAUCCAUCGUCACCUGAAUUUCUGCGAUAGUUCAGCACGUAUUUAAGAUUUCUAAAGUUUCUUCUAAAAAAAAAAGCAUGAUUGUUUGCUGGUCUGACCACUGAAACAUGCCCAAAAACCAGCUGGAAGACCAGCAAACCAUCUUAGACUGAUUUUAGGUGUUUCUGUCAGCAGAGGAGACUUUAAUUUUGUUAUUCAGUAUUUUAUAUUUUCACUAGACUUUAUCUCUGACAUGUCAAGCUGGUUUUGAUAAUGCAUCUUUUAUCUUCUAGUUUUCACAACAGUCUCUAUCAGUCAUCUCAGCUAUGCAAAUGACAUUUGACCUUUUUUGGCAAUAGAUGCAUUGCAUUGGUAUUUUUGUUAGUUUGAGUGAACAUUUCUUUAAUUUGUUUCAUUAAUCAGUUGUACCAUGUGUUCCAGUUGUUCCUUGAAACUCUUGAAGAGUA